AUGUCCCUCGAAACCAUUACCACAGUUUCUCCGACCACCAAUGAACCUGUCAUUACCCGUACAGGGGUUUCGUCAGAGAACUUGAGAGAAAUUCCCGAAGCCGCCCAGGCAGCUUAUCGAUCCUUCUCACAGACAACCACCUUAGAUCAACGGAAGAAAAUCGUGGAGAAAGCACUUGAUAUUUUGGAAAGGAAAAAGGAUGAGCUGGCGCGUGAGAUCACAGAGCAAAUGGGUCGGCCCAUUGCUUAUACUGGCGUCGAGGUCUCUACUGCCAUCAAGCGCAGCCGCUACUUGAUCCGUGUCAGUGAUUCAGUGCUGGGUCAAGAAGGCAUUGUACAGGGAGAGGAAGAAAAAGGAUUCCGGCGAUACAUCAAGCGACAGCCUGUUGGAGUUGUUCUCGUCAUCUUCCCAUGGAAUUAUCCCUACCUUACAUUGGUUAAUAGUUUGAUUCCCGCUAUACUUUCUGGCAACGCCGUCAUUUUGAAACCCUCGCCUCAAACCCCGACCAUUGUCGAACAUAUAGCCUCCGCAUUCGCUGAGAGCGGGCUUCCCAAUAACGUCCUGCAAUAUCUUCACUGCGGUUCAUUCACAUUGCUGGAAGCAUUGGUGCGAUCGCCGCAAGUGAACCACAUUUGCUUCACUGGGUCGGUCGCUGGUGGCUUGGCUGUACAGAAAGCGGCUUCAGACCGAGUUAUCAAUGUUGGCUUGGAGCUGGGUGGCAAGGACCCAGCUUAUGUACGAGAAGAUGUGGAUCUGGCUUGGGUGGCGGAAGAGAUCAUUGAUGGUGCUAUUUUCAAUAGUGGCCAGAGUUGUUGCGCGAUUGAGCGGGUCUACGUACAUGAGAAAGUCUACGAUGGGUUUGUGGAAGAGGCUAAGAAGGUGCUGAGCAAGUACUGCGUGGGCGAUCCCUUGGAUGAGAAGACCCAGAUUGGUCCCGUUAUUUCCAAGCGCGCGAAAGACACAAUCUUGGAGCAAAUUGCAGAUGCAGUGAAGAAGAGUGCCAGGGACGAGACCCCUGCCAAUGAGACUUUCACCAACUUCCCGCCUAAUGGGAAUUAUGUGAAGCCUACCCUCCUCACAGGAGUCAACCACGAGAUGGUUGUGAUGACCGAAGAGACCUUUGGACCUGUUAUUCCUGUGAUGAAGGUAUCAAGUGACAAGGAGGCUGUCCGUUUGAUGAAUGACAGUGAAUUUGGCCUUACAGCCAGUAUCUGGAGCAAGGACAUUCCAACGGCGGAGAAGCUUGUCGAGAAAGUCGAAGCUGGAACUGUUUUCGUGAACCGUUCUGACUAUCCGAGCCCUGACCUUGCCUGGACUGGUUGGAAAAACUCAGGUCGUGGUGUUACAUUAAGUCGAUUCGGAUUCGAGCAGUUUGUCAAACUGAAGAGUCAUCAUAUCAAGGAUUACCCGAAAUGA